UGCGAUUUUUUCGAAUACUGUAAAAAGGAGUAGUCAAACAUUUUCAGCUGCUGCGAGGACUCAACACUUAUAGAUAUAACUAAUUUUUAGUGAACAUAUUUAUAUAGAAAAAUCGUGAAAUCUAUAUUACAGUGCGGAAAUUCAGUUUUUAAACGCUUAUAAAUUAUAAUAAAAAAGUUUUGUGUAUACUCCUCAAAAUAAUUGAUUAAUAAAAGGAAUAUCGCCAUAGCGCUCCGAGUGUAGGCUCAGCGUAGUAUCGGUAGUGCAUUGGCAGAGAUUAAAAUUGUUACUGCUGAAAAGUUCACGCGCAAUAAAAGUCGUCCUUAGAUAUAAAAAACUCGGACAAGGCGGAUUUUGCUGUAGGCGCAACGGUCGCAUAGAGCAAGCGAACAUCUCAAACCGAAAAUAUUUCCUAUUUUUAUUUUUUAUUUGGUAUACAACUUUCAAUUGAUUCGUGUGUGGGGAAUAUUCUAUCAAGUUUAAAACUACAUGCCCGGUUUUCACAUCAAUGAAAUGGGCGAAAUGGUGCUGGAUGCCAUCGAUGACAUCGCCGUUGUUGAUGUUUACGAUUUAGCAUCGGAUAUUGGCAAGGAGUAUGAAAGAAUUAUUGAUCGUUACGGACCCGAUGCAGUUACGGGAAUCAUGCCGAAGAUCAUCAAUACGCUGGAGCUGCUUGAGGCACUGGCAACCAAGAAUGAGAGGGAAAAUGCUACUAUACAGGAAUUGCGAGAAAAAAUUGCACAACUUGAAAGUGAAAAAUCAGAAAAAGCCGAAUAUCGUAGGCGAUUUGAAAGGGAAAUGGAAGUGCUUGAAGAACAAUGGCGUACCGAAACCAAUGAAUUGGUUGAAGUGGUACAGACUCUGCAAGAUGAAAAUAAGCGGCUCGUCAAGCAGACGCAAGAUUUGCAAUCCUCUUCGGCUCAGUCAUCGGGCCUAGGUGCCAGUCUAACCGAAAGUAUUAUUAGUAUAACGAAUAAUGAACUGAAUAGUGCGCUCACGGACACUCAAGUACUGCAGCGAUUAAAGGAACAAAUUUAUAAACAGCGUGACGAGUUGAAACUGAAGGAACACGAGUUGCAGGAAAAAUAUGGAGAAAUCGAGAAUCUACACAUACAGAUAGAUCGGUUAAAGUCGUCCGGGCGAGAUGCGCAUCGUCGGCGCAAAAUGUUGCAGUCUCAGGUGAAAACGUUGUGUGAGGAGCGCGCCGAUUUUCUCGCCCAACUGCAAGACCAAUACCGCGACAUUAAUCAAUUACGCAAGCAACUUGGGCUGGCCGAAAAGGAGAAUGAGGAUUUGGUAAAGUCAUGCAGCGAGGACCCGAACGAUCCGAAUCGUCCGCGGUACACAACUCUACAGUUGAAGGAGUUAAUUUGUGAGCGCGACGAAUUAAUCAGUACAGUUGACAAUUUAACCGAAGAGUUGAAGGCACUCAAACCCAAUAAUGCAAAAGUGACAGCAGCGUGUGGGGGAGGCAGCAACAAUGGUGCCGGUGGUGGUGGUGGUGGUGGGGAUUCAAGUUCGUAUGAUUAUGAUGACGAAGAUGAUGAGGUUGAUGAUGAAUCACAGGAAGCGCAUGAGGCAGAGUGCGGCACGCCACCUGACCAUGAUGCACCCGUACAAGGGCCUUUACCUUACGAGCCAGACGAUGCUCCUUGGAAGAAGAGCAGUGAAUCGGGCAUACGCAAAUUCUUCCGCCGCCUGUUUUCCGACACUUCGGAUACUUCCAAACGUUCCUUGGCUACGCUAUCGAAAAUGGCGCUCUCCGCCACACCUGGCAAUGGAGAUGUUAAGUAAAUUGCUGUGCAAAUGUUUUGUAGGAGUGCUGCAACUGUUGUUUUUGUAAAAGGAGUGAGUUGGCGCAAAUUGAGAGAAAAAAAUGUGGAAAUGAAAAACAUUCCUUUGCAGCAAAAUAACUCUACAUUGUAAAAAGAAGAGUAUAAAAUAUGUGAAUGCGUUAAUAUUAACACAAAAAGGGCGAUAAAUGAACAUUUUUUUUAUGCUAUGCUUAUGUUUUGAAAAUUUGUGAUGUUCUGAGAUAUUGUAAUGGCAUUCGUAAAAGUUUUGAUGGCUGUUAAGAAAUAUUUUAAUGUGUAAAAUGGCUCGUGAGUUAAUUAAAAACUUGGAGUACAAGAAAAAUGUGGUUAACGAUUGGAAUAUUGUUGCCGGCUUAUGUGAAAAAUGUAAAAUUUGAGAAGUUUAGCGAAAGAGUGACGUCUAUUGUUCAAAAUGGUAUUAUUUAGGCUACUAUAGCGCACUUUUGUGCUUAAAGAUUUAUUGAAAAAGUAAAAAAAAUGUGAGCAAGCAAAACAAAGGUUAGUCAGCCGUGUGAAGGUUAGGCAGCCUUAUAACUUAAAAUUAGGUUUAAUUAUUAUUUUUUUUUUAGAAAGUUUAAAACAUUUUUAAACUAUGUUUUUGUUUUGCUGCAAUAAGGGCAUUAACACUCCUAAAUGUUACACAAUUAGAUAUUGUAUUUAUGUUUUGUUCAUUUAUCGCGCCUUAAUAUACAUAAAUUAAAGCCAAAUAUGUUUAUAGGUGUUUUCUAUUUUAUAUACAUGCAAAUAUCUUUAUUGUCUUAUACACAAUUUUGCUAUUUAUGCUAUUAAGUCUAAGCACACAUACAUAUAUAUGUACACACCUAUGCGUGCUAACACGUACAUAUGUAUUAUUUAAUAUUUCGUAAUUUAUUUUUUAUAUUAUUUUGUGAGGUGCUAAACUGUUUUUUCGAAUGUCUCGAACACAAUAAAAAGAAAAACAAAGUGAAAUAAAAAAAACCAUGCAAAUA